AGUGCACUCGGUUUCGAAUGGUUUUUAAUUUUUCUGUAAUUUUGAAGCAUGUAGCAUUAUGUUUGGUAUGCCUUAUUGGCGAUAAACUUAGUGAUGCCGUGGAGAAACCACCACUUUUGCGUGCUUGUAUCGACAACUGUACCCACGUCUUGAUAGGGUUGAUUGCAUCCGAAAUCUUCCUAAACGGUUCAACCUACAACACUGCAAAGCAUGAAUACCUUUUACUCCUUUGUGAAGCCGCCGUAGUUUCUUCACUCAUAGAUUUGGAUCAUUUCAUUGAGGCUAGAUCUUUCAGACUCCAGGAUGCAACAAACCUCGAUCGGCGACCAUUCCUUCACAAUUCGGUCUUUUGUAUAUUGAUUUUUUUGUUGUUGAUCAUCGUAAAACCAUUCGGAACUAGCAAUUUUCGUUUGUCUACUGCUGUUGCUUUUAUAGCGUUCAGUACACACCACAUGCGUGAUGCAACAAGGAGAGGAAUAUGGAUCAAAAGUCCGUUUCAAGACGAUAGCAGCAGACCAAUUCCAUACGUAGGAUACCUUGUAUUUACAAACAUCUUACCACACGUGAUGACUAUUCUAGUACGAUCGCGACGCCUGGAGGCAGUGAAGGACCAAUUUAUGGAACUUGUUUAAAUAAACACAAUAAAAUUAACUUAAUUUAACUAAAA